GUGGAUGAAGUAUGACGAUGACGGCAAGAAUUAUGUACAGGUCACAUCGCCCAGACGAGGCUGCGCCGAUCACGAGCUUUAAGAUACACUGACAAGCCUUACGGCCAGGGAACGAAACAACCACAUUGCAACAAUCCGCAGCUCCGCUUGAAAACUCGAAAUGAGCCAACUUGGACAAGUCCGCAUUAGGCAUAAGGCACCGAACUUCCACUGUGAAGCAGUCGUCGGAGGCGCCAUUCAAGAAGUAUCGCUGAGCACCUUCAUCGCCCUUCGAUCACCAGGCACGCCCGACCCGGAUAAACCUUGGCUACUCUUACUCUUCAUACCAGCCGCUUUCUCCUGCGUUUGUCCCACGGAGGUCAUUGCCUUCCAGAACUGCUAUGAUGAGGUCUGCGACAGAUACUGCAGCAUCGCUUUCGUAUCUGUUGAUACGGAACAUUCUUUGUGGCACUGGCAGAACGUACCGCGCCAGUACGGCGGCCUGGGUAAUAUCGACAUACCAUUGUUGAGCGACGCAACUCAUAAAAUCGGCAGGGACUACGGUGUGCUUGUUGAAGAGGAGGGUGUUAGCCUGAGAGGCGUGUUCAUUGUCGAUGGGGAAGGACUUGUCCAGCAGGCUUGUCUCACCUGCCUCGUGCAACAUGACUUCUGAUCCUUGGAUACAGCUAGUUGACCAGAGACGUAGAUCACAUUGAACAACCUCACCGUCGGACGGAGUGUGCGAAAGCUCUACGUCUUCUAGAAGCGUUCCGAGCCGUUGCAAAGCAUGGUA